AUGCCAUUGUCGUCACAUUUUCCAUCUUCUUCACCGUCUGCACGUGGGACCCACCCGUCAAAUUCAUCUUCUUCCUCUAAUCUCACUAUCCUCACCUGUCUCUCUCCACUGGCGUCGUCGUGCCUCAACUACCUGACGGGGAACGAGACGACGCCGUCGGCGUCGUGCUGCUCGAAGCUGCGCGAUGUGGUGAAGGCGCAGCUGGAGUGUCUCUGUGUUGCGCUCAACGCCGACUCGGCGGCGCUCGGGCUCAGUAUCAACCGCACCCGCGCGCUCGGCCUCCCCGACGCGUGCAAGGUCCAGACGCCGCCGGUCAGCAAUUGCAAGAGUGGUGCCGCUCCUCCGGCGGGACAGACGCCAACCCCGGCCGGGACAGGCUCCAAGGCGACGCUGGCGACGCCCGUGGGAUCCGGUGUCGCGCCGCUCCUCGUCUCACCCACUGGUCUCCUGGCCGGCCUCGUCGUCGCAACUUUCUAUGCCGUCUCCGCCGUGUUAUCUAUCUCGCUUCGGUCCGAUGACGACAACCUCAUCACCGUCGAUCUUGUUCAGUGCAUGUGUUUGAGGAUUUCGGUCAGCUAG